GUUCCUGGAGAUCACCGAGCCUUACUUCGUGCCAGUUGGCAAGGAGGCCGCCGGCGGUUUCGGGCCGCUGCUGCUGGCAAUGAUCCUGGGCGUGGGGGGCGUCGCCUUCUUGUCCUUCCUGGGGGCGCUGAAGGCCGUCGCGGCCGUGCCCUUCUUGGCGGAGCUUGUGCCCAAGCCGGGCCCCGAGGCGAAGUUCGCCGAGCUCGCGCAGCCGUUCAGCCUCGCGCUGGCCUCCACGGGCGUGGGCGUGGCGGGGGCGGCGUUCUUCUCGCGGCGCAGCGACCUGGAGGGGCGCUGGACGCAGUGGGUCUUCCUGGCCCUCCUCGUGUUCCUGCUGCUCUUCGUUACCGGCAUCAACGUGGUCAUCAGCUACGUGUUCCGCUCGAUCGACAACCUGCUCGUUGCGAAGGACGAGGCGGGCUUCUACCAGCAGAUGCAGCUCUUCAUCGCCGUGCUGGUCGUCGCGCUGCCCACCAUCGCCGGCUACCGGUUCACCAGGCAGACGCUCGCGAACAGGUGGCGCGAGUUCCUGACGACGCUCAUGUUGGAUCGCUACUUUGCAGCCCGCACAUACUACAUGCUGGACUCCAACUCAACGGAGACCAACAUCGACAACCCAGACCAGCGCAUAUCAGAGGACGUCGACUCGUUCACAGCGGAGACGCUGGGAUUCCUCCUGGACAUCCUGGGCUCCCUGUCGAACCUGAUCUCUUUCUCCGCGAUUCUGUGGGCGACAUCGGAGCAGUUGACCUACGCGCUGAUCGCCUACGCGCUGGUAGGGACGUUCAUCGCGCUUGCAGUAGGCGGCGAGCUCAUCUCCAUCAACUACCGGCAGCUUCGUCUGCAGGCCGAUUUUAGGUACUCACUGGUGCACGUGAGGGAUAACGCAGAGGCCAUCGCGUUCUAUCAGGGCGAGGCGCGCGAGCGAGGGGGCGUCGUCGAGAAGCUGACCGCGGCAGUUCGCAAUUUCGACCGCGUUAUCCAGUGGAACACGGGGCUCACGCUCUACCAGAAGACUUUCUUCUACGUUGCCCGGCUGGUGCCCUACUUCGUCGCCGGGGGGCUGUAUUUUGCUGGCAAGGUGGAUUUUGGCACCUUUGGCCAAGUGUCUUUCGCGUUCUCCAUGGUGCUCAGCUCGGUCACACUGAUUGUGUCCCGCAUCCAGGAUAUCAGCCGCUUCUCCGCGGGUGUCAACCGGCUCGGCACCUUCUACGAGGCGAUCAUGACGGAAGAGAGCGAGCUGCCCACCGCCCAGUCGCACACCCACGGGCACAUCACCACGGUGGCCGAGUCUGGCCCGGGCGCCGGGCAGAUCAAGCUGGACGGCGUUACGCUGGAGACUCCGACGGGCAGGACCCUGGUGCGCGACGUCAGCCUGCUGCUCGGCGUGGCCGAGAGCUCCCCGCUCGGCGGCAUGGGCGCCGUGGACCUGCCCAGCCGGCUGCUGGUGGUCGGGAGCAGCGGCGUCGGCAAGAGCAGCAUCCUCAGGGCGAUCGCCGGGCUCUGGACGCAGGGCGCGGGCAGCAUCCGGCGGCCCGAGAUCGGGCAGAUGCUCUUCCUGCCGCAGAAGCCCUACAUGCCGCUCGGCGAUCUCCGCCUGCAGCUGCUGUAUCCCUCUGACGUCGGCCAAGCGACAGUCCCCGACGAGGAUCUGGUGGAGGUGCUCUCAAAGUUCGGGCUGGGCGACCUCCCCGAGCGUUUCGAGGGCGGCUUCGGCUCCGUGCAGGACUGGACGCGCGUGCUGUCGCUGGGCGAGCAGCAGCGGGUGGCGGCGGCACGCUGCCUGCUCGCAGAGCCGAGGGUGGCCGUGCUCGACGAGGCCACGUCAGCGCUGCCGGUGCCGGCCGAGCAGAACCUGUACUGCCGCCUGCAGGAGCGCGGCAUCAGCUACGUCUCCGUCGGCCACAGGGCCAGCCUGCUGGAGCACCACGACAUGGUCCUGGAGCUGACGGGCAACGGCGGCUGGCGCCUGAUGAGCCCACGAGAUUACCAGGCGGCCCUCAACGCCGUGGCAGACGCGCAGCCCGUG